AAACAAAGAUGGUGGAAGGGAGUGAUUUUGCGGAGGAAAGUCCAAUUGCGAGAAUAUCUCACAAAACGUGUUUAUAGGCACGCUUUUUAUAAGCGCGUUCCAAGCCCAAGAUGAGCAGGUGGAGGAUCGUACGGUUCGCUAGAGAUGUGACUGUAGGCGCGAGUCGCCUCGUUGGAGUCACAGUUGUUCGUUUUUUUAUGUCAUGUUGUACAGUUUUUGUGAUCCUGUGGAUCGCUGUAUUUCUGUACGUCAGUUUUUACUACGCUUACAUGCCAACCGUUAGUCAUGUAAGGCCAGUGUUCCUGCUUUUCAAGUAAGUUUGCCUUUUUUUUUCAUUGUCUUUUAAGCUCGGUUAUUAAGAAAUCGGCGCGUCGAACUGUUUCGUGAAUGAUAAUUUUUUUUCGUUUCUGUUUACCUUGUUGUAGCUCUAAUUGCGAUGAUUCUCGAGGGAAAACUUUAUGUUCCUUCCCUGAAGCCAAUUUAUCUCUGAGCACUGGAGAAAGAGUGAGUAAAAAUUUGGAAGCAGUUUCAUUGUAAUGUUACCGCGAGUAAAACUCGUGACUUGUUGAUCCUUUUCAUUGUUCUGCACAGUGGUGUUGAAGUCCAUUUAGCCCUCGCGCAAGGAUUAUGCAAUGUUUCUCUGUACGAUUUCAGAAUUACGCGUAGAUUAACUGGUUUAGUGUACUGGCUAUUGUUAGUUCUCACCUUCACAUCCUAAGCUGCCCAAUUUUUUUUUCCCUGUUUGGUCCAUUGUGUCUUGAAAUACUGCACACUACAUGUUAGCGCCCCAAAUUACGUUGAUCGGGGCUUACAAAGCAUUUAUAAAAUUAUCACAAUUUUAGCUCGUUUUGUUUUGAUAGAUAUUAAUGAGAGGGCAGCGCUAUCAGGUUUUUCUGGAUCUUGAGAUGCCACAUUCUCCUGUUAAUGAAAAGCUUGGUUAGUAAUCAGUAAAUGACUGCCAAUAGUGAUCUGUUCAUAAAUUCUCUUCACAAUUUUAAGAUGAUUUCAAACAGAUAGGUAUUGAGAAUUAGAGGAAUGAUCAGCUUAUUUUCAGGACUUGUCCAGUGCAUGUAAGAAGAAUUAGCUUUUUGAUCUUGGCAGUUUAAGUUAACUAUUUCAUUUAAAGAUCUGUUCACUGUAUGUUUCUCAUAAUUUUAGUUUCUCUUUAUCAUUUUAUUUUAUCUUUUAUAUUUAUCUAUAUUUUAGCUCCUCGCUGCAGGUAUACAUACAAAAUUUCCCAGUCCUAGAUUUUAUUCACUGCCGUGAAGCUUUCUCCAGCUUUUUGUGUGAAAUGGAACAAACGCAAUAUUUAUGUUGCAAUGUAUUGCACAACCAAUGAUAACAGAUUUUGGGGUCUAACUCUAUCAAGUGGGUUAUUGCGGUGGAAUGAAAUCAAAUCUACUCUACAAGAUAAUGUUUUUAAUACUGCAUAUCAGAAAAAGUCAUUACUGUGUUUGGAAAUGUUUGGAAGUUGAACUUAACAGUAAGGUAUUCAAAUCAAAGUAACAUUGGAAUAUCUUUUUUUUUCUGGUCAUUUCUCCAUUUAGGAAUGUUCAUGGUUAGAGUAACCUUUUUAUCUGAAUCUGGAAAAGUUUUGGCAAGUUCAGAAAGAUCAGUGAGUACAUAUUGUAGUUAUAUAAUUUUUUUCACUCAAGGGCUGAAUUUCUCAUGUCUUACUGGUUACAGCUAUUGAGAUACUGCACUUUUUGUCUAUGUAAAAUGAUAAUAUUAUUAUUCUCCAAUGACCAAGUUAAUAUUGUUGAAUAAUCCUCAAGACAAAGUCGAGGGGACAAUUUGAUAAUAUUCAUUGAGCUUGAGGGAAAUAACUGUACAGUUGUCCAGGUACUUUCAAAUUCUGCUGUAAAUUUUUUUUUUGUUGUUCAAACUGUUCUGUAAAUUAAGAUAGCAGUGAGCAUUUUCUUUUAUCGUUGUUUCCACCAGAAUAUAACAAGAUCUUUUAAAUACUUUUGAGAAUUGUUAGGCCAAACUUGGCAGCGUCCUUUGUACUCUUUGGAAUUGAAUUUUGUCAGUAACAUUGAUGAAAAGCAAGGCAGCCAUUUUAGAGUUUAAUGUCACCUCAAUAAUCUCCUUGCUGGAGGUGAUUAUAGUGGUGACAUUGAAUGCCAGUGGUGAUUAUGGCGAGAUAUGAUCCAAUCCAUGACCAUUUCUUUAAUCAACUGAGCUAUCAUAGCAAUAUGUUUUUUAUUCCUUACUUGAACAGGGCAUGCUUCAUUACAAGUCAGCCUUGUUACAAUCUCUUGCCACUGUUUUUUACUCUCUGCCAAUGGUUUUGGGUUUCACUGAGGAGAAACAGAUUGUGCAGAUAAACCUGUUUGAAGAAUAUGUUGAGGACUCGGUAUGUACAUGAUUUUGUUUUGAACCAGCUUUUCACAAUCUCUGUUUAUCAGUUUUGGUUGCUAUUGAUUGUCUCUAUGAUUUGUUGAUAAGAGCCUGUAGCUGACCAAAACCACCAACUAGUCUGCGAUCUUCAGCCAGCUACUGUUACUUCAUUUCUCAGUUUUUAUCAUCAGUCUAGUGCUAGCAUGUGUUAGAGUGACUAGCAUCUAAUAUCAUCAGUCUAGUACUUGUCAAUCUCAGCAUAAAAUUAUGUGAGCAGCAUUGAGUGCCAAAUGGAAAUUAAAAUAAUUUUCUGUAAGGGUUCCUGUUCUCAAACCAUGCAAAAUUUUGUGUUUUUACAUUGUUGUUUUUGCAAAUGACAGCUAAGAAUGCACACAGUUUAAAAACGCAUGUGCUGGGCUAUUAUUCUGCCCAUUAGAUAUUUUGUUUUGUCAUGUCCUUGUUGCUGUCACCGUGGUAGUUUGCUCAAUGUCCCUAAUGUGUUAGAGUGACUAGCAUCUAAUUUCUCCUUACAAUAUCUCCUGUGAAUCAAACAUUAGGGUGAUGAGAAUUAUCGAAAUGAUCAACAACUACAGAAGCUCUGGAUUGUUAAGCUAAUUCUCCUUGUCAGCACCUUAGGAAAUGUAUAGAGAACAGUAUGGAGAAUAUGAAGACUGAUGUGAGGGUGUAAGGGGUUAAGGGGAUGGAUGUUGAAUUAGAUCUCAUCCUGCUUUGUUUCGUCCUAGUAUCACCCAGCAGUUGGGGCCACUGUGAUUGUACUCAGCAAAGAAAUUGAAAUCUACUCUGCUGCCCUGAGGAUUGAAGCUCACUUUGUGGGACUGAGGUUAGUUCAUAUCUCUUCCGUAGAGGGUGGGAAGGUAGGAAAUCUAUCACGUGACCGCAUUAGUUUGUCAUAAUAGUAUAAAUGAACGAAGCUUCUUCAAAGCAAGUGCUUGCAGGAAAUUUCUCGUCUAUUAACCCUUCCCAUUUUGCAUGCUUCGUCUCUAGGUACAUCAUGAUCAACUGGCCUGUAACAUCAGCUUUACUGUCGAUUACCAUAAACUUUUUCAUCAUCAGUGCCGUGUUCUUCUUCGCGUACAGCGCUUUCUCGCCCGACUCAGGCUACGAAGAGCACGUAGAACAGCCUCAGGCAGAUUUAGACACCGUCACUGAAGAACAACAGCGCACGCUCUCACGAAGACGAGCCAGAGGGGGACUGGACAGGCCUGGAACCGAGGAUAUUCCCUCGGCCUCUUCAACCCGGCCGCCCAGGACGGGUAGGUUGAAGCCCAAAAAACUUUCUUCGUCACGCACCCAAGCACCCAGUCGUACAAACGGAGGAAUGACAAGAUGUGCCUCCUUUCCUUCCUCUAGGUGGGACUGGUGCAUUCUUCAAAGGGCUCCAACUUCGGCUGCACACAAGGCACCCUGUUCCCUCCAUAGAAACGGUCCGCGUUACCAUAGUAACGAUGAUCUGGGUUGCCGGACGGGCUUUUCGUGUCCUGGUGUCGUUGCCGAUGGGGAUGGUGAGUAUGGCGGCCAAGCUGCCCACUUCCAGAAUACUCGGCACUCACCAGUCGACACAGAACCCUACUACAUCUUGAGUUUCCGUGAGGGAAAAGCGUGGAGAAGUGAAAGGAGGCAUGGUAGUGACAAUGGCGAUGGGUAUGCUGUGGCACAGUAUAGAUCCAAUGAGGAUGGGUAUCCUGUGGUGCGACAAAGAGCCGGUGACGAUGUAUUUCCCGCUCUGCAGCCUGGCUCUAGUGGCUUGAGAUCAAGGCGCAUCUGGAAGAAAGUUCCGGAACAUGACACAAUGUCUAGUGGCAGCUCAACAGAGUGCGUUCAAACACGAAGGAAUCGGCAAUUACUGGGGGCAAGACCUCGUGGUAAGAGCUUUGAUUCCGUACGCGGAUGUAACCACCCUGCAUACGGACGUGAUUUUGAUCAUAACUGCCAUCACGAGUGCAGAGAUGGCAGUGAUCCAUCUAUCUACGAGCACUUGCACAGCAGGGUUCCUGAUGGUGCUGCUUCCUCGUCAGAGUACCUUCACAAUUUGGCCUCAGGGGCCGUGAGCACACAGGACAGUGGUCUUGUCUCUUCAGAACAAAGCGUGAAUCGGCCUGUAAACGACAGCGAGCACGGAGCGUCGAUACACAAACGAUCGGUGAACAAGACUCGAGCCAGAUUUGGACUUUCAUUGAAGAGGAUGUUGUCAAAAAAAGACGACAAAUCCUCGUGAUGAAAAUGUUUUGACGCUUCACCUUCACGUGUUUUAUUCUUCUUCUUUAAAACGCUCCUAAGUUUGACGCUUGUCUCUGAUUGUUCGCUUUUAAUUUUUGUGCCUGAACCACCGCCAACCGUAAUAUUCCUGAAAAAAUCGUCAAUACCCCUCUCAAAAUCAAGAAUUUUUAUCCACACACAGAGAGACACCUUUGUUUUAGAGAGGCCCGAGGUGAGAAACAAACGCAGUUUUUUUUUAAUUGCUUCAAAAGCAUCGGUCAUUAUUGUGAUUCAUUUGUUGGUAUCUCCUGCGCGGAAAUUCCUUCUAUAAGACAGUUUCUUGUUACCUUGCAGACACAAGACGCGCGGGACUUUUCUUGUUCCUGAAAAGUGUGCGCCGAGGGUAAUCCGUCUUUAAGUUUAGUCCUGAAUAUUAGAAAUUUUGCGUACUAAAGUUUUAUCAACACGGACGAAAUUUGUCGCCAAAGUCAAAGUCAACUUGGAGGGCGACUUAUCUAGGUUGUCGUAGCGUAUGUUAAGAUUACCUUUGUUGGAUCCAUGCAUGGUAAUUGGAAGUUUACUUUUCUGUUCUUUUGGCAUGUGCGCUUUUUCAUUAGCGAUUUUAGUAUGUAACGUCAAACGAUAGAUGAGAAGGUUCAUCUGAAUUUACCCCCUUGGUGCGCAUGGCUUAAAUUUGUCUCAGUACACAACUCUUGAACGAAUAAUUUCAGGACUAUUCUUUCCAGAGGAGAAAGAUAAUUGUUCUUGGCGCUCUUUUAACUGAAAUAUUGGGCAGAAGAUUUGUGUUGACAGAGAAGGUGCGUUGAUUUUGGUGAUAACAAGGAAAAGAAUACCGAUGAGAAAUUCUGUCACGGAUAACAGACUUUGUUUUAUUUGAGACCCGUUUUAUUUGAAGAGAUUGUUUUACUUUUUCAGAUGUUGUGUAAAUUAAAAUGUUUUGGGUUCUUGGGAGAAGAUUCUUAUUAAAAAUUAAAUGACAUUAAUAGAAAGGUGUUCUACAUUAUUUGUAGAAAUUCUCGCGCGCAAGAACUAUUGUCAAUAAGGUUAGAUAUAUGAUUUUAAAAAUUUAACGUCACUUAAGGUUAGAGAUAAUAAAAUUGACUUAAU